ACGCAAGACAAUCUAGUCCAGUUGCGUUGCGCCCGCGCCGGUACCGAACGUGUUUAAAUUAGGAAUUCAAAAUGGCGGCGCGGUCGAUCCUCAAUAGUCAGUAUUUAUUCGUCACGUUCACAAAGAGGGCUUACAGUUCGAAAGCAGACAAAAAUGUCGCGUUCCUCGGUCUUGGGAAUAUGGGAGGGUACAUGGCCGCGAAUCUCGCGAAAAAGGGUUUCACAGUCCGCGGCUAUGACCCGUCGAAGGAGGCGCUAGCGGCCGCCGCCAAGAACGGGAUCACGGGAGCCAGCUCCAUAGCUGCUGCUGUCGAGGGCGCCGACGUGGUCGUCUCCAUCCUGCCCAGCAACAAAGUCGUGCUUGACGCGUACCUGGGCAAGGAUGGGGUUAUUGCCCAUGCCCCCAAAGGCACUCUCCUCAUCGACUCGAGCACGGUGGACCCCAACGUGCCGAAACAGAUCCACCCCGUCGCCACCGAGAAAAGUGUCGGCUUCAUCGAUGCCCCUGUUUCAGGAGGUGUAAUGGGCGCACAGAACGCAACUCUGGCGUUCAUGGCGGGAGGUCGUAAAGAGGACUUCGACAGGUCGGUUCCCCUGCUGAAGGCGAUGGGGGCCAAGCAGUUCUUCUGCGGCGAGAUCGGCGCCGGCCAAGUGGCGAAGCUCUGCAACAACAUGCUCAUGGGUAUCACGGGAAUGGCCACUGCUGAGUGCAUGAAUAUGGGUAUCAAAAUGGGUCUGGACCCUCAAGUCCUGCUGGACGUGCUGAACAACUCUUCAGCUCGCUCGUGGUCCACUGAGGUGUACUGCCCCGUCCCCGGACUGAUCCCCACCGCGCCAUCCAGCAGGAACUACGAUGGAGGGUUCAAGAACGAGCUCAUGGUUAAGGAUCUGGAGUUAGCCAGCGGCAUGGCCCUGGGCAUCCGCUCGCCCAUCCCGCUGGGCGCCGUGGCCACGCAGCUGUACCGCAUCGUGCAGUCACGCGGAUACGGCCAGAAAGACUUCUCCUUCAUCUUCCAACUCCUCAAGGACGAAGCCGACAAGAACAACCCUUGAAUAAACUAACUGUACAUAGUAUA